CUUUCUCACUUCACCCUUCCCUGUGCCACAUGGGCCCUCUGUCUCCUGCCAGGACACUGCGGCUCUGGGGACCUCGGAGCCUGGGGGUGGCUCUGGGAGUCUUCAUGACCAUUGGCUUUGUGCUCCAGCUCUUGGGAGGGCCCUUCCACAGGAGGCUACAGCCCUUGGCCCCAUCCCUACGACCAGCCUUUCUGUCCUGCCCUCCCCGGCAGCGACUGGUGUUCCUGAAGACGCAUAAAUCCGGAAGCAGCUCUGUGCUGAGCCUGCUUCACCGCUACGGGGACCGGCAUGGACUGCGCUUUGCCCUCCCCGCCCGCUACCAGUUUGGCUACCCAAGGCUCUUCCAGGCCUCGAGGGUAAAAGGCUACCGCCCCCAGCGUGGAGGCACCCAGCUCCCCUUCGACAUCCUCUGUCACCACAUGAGGUUCAACCUAAAAGAGGUACUUCAGGUCAUGCCUUCUGACAGCUUCUUUUUUUCCAUUGUCCGUGAUCCAGCAGCUCUGGCUCGCUCUGCCUUCUCCUACUAUAAAUCCACCUCAUCAGCCUUCCGCAAGUCACCAUCCUUGGCUGCCUUCCUGGCCAAUCCUCGAGCCUUCUACAGGCCUGGGGCCCGUGGGGACCACUAUGCUCGCAACUUACUAUGGUUUGACUUUGGCCUCCCCUUUCCCCCAGAGAUGAGGGCCAAGAGCAGGAAUCUUCAUCCCUCCAGAGACCCCAAUGCCCCAGAGCUACAGGUCUUGCCCUCUGGUGCUGGCCCUCAAGCCCAAGCCCUCAAUCCCAAUGCCCUCAUCCAUCCUGUUUCCACUGUUGCUGAUCAUGGCAGCCAGAUACCAAGCCCUGCCUCUUUCCAUAUGGGGUCUUCAUCCUUCAUUCAGUGGGGUCUGGCCUGGCUGGACUCUGUCUUUGACCUGGUAAUGGUGGCUGAGUACUUUGAUGAGUCAUUGGUUCUGCUGGCAGACGCCCUGUGCUGGGGUCUGGAUGAUGUGGUGGGCUUCAUGCACAAUGCCCAGGCUGGACGUGAGCAGGGUCUCAGCACUGUCAGCAACAGUGGACUGACUGCAGAGGACCAGCAGCUGACAGCACGGGCCCGAGCCUGGAACAACCUGGACUGGGCUCUCUAUGUCCACUUCAACCGCAGUCUCUGGGCACGGAUAGAGAAAUACGGCCAGCAUCGGCUGCAGACAGCUGUGGCUGAGCUCCGGGCUCGCCGACAGACCCUGGCCAAACACUGUCUGGUAGGGGGUGAGGCUUCUGACCCCAAAUACAUCACUGAUCGCCGGUUCCGCCCCUUCCAGUUUGGGUCAGCUAAGGUUUUGGGCUAUAUACUUCGGAGUGGAUUGAGCCCCCAAGAUCAAGAGGAGUGUGAGCGCCUGGCUACCCCUGAGCUCCAGUACAAGGACAAGCUGGAUGCCAAGCAGUUCCCCCCGACCGUCUCACUGCCCCUCAAGACUUCAAGGCCACUUUCCCCAUAGACAUCAGACUACAGAUUUAGGUGGAAAAGCACCCAUGUUUGAAGGGCACAUGGGAUGAGUGGGGGGUGGGGCAGCAAGAUGCCACUUCUGCAUCUCUCAGAAAGGAUGGGGCUUCAAUGGGCUCCCAGCAGUGCUUCCCUCCUCCACUCAUUUUGCCCCUUUCUUUAUUUUAUUUUUUUGAGAUAGAGUCUCGCUGUAUCCCCCAGACUUCAGUGCAGUGGCACGAUCUCAGCUCACUGCAACCUCUGCCUCCCUGGUUCAAGCA